UUUUUAUAUUUAAGGUUUAUUUGGUAAAAUUGUGAAUGACUAUUAUGGUAAAGAAGUUGUGCACAUCUUUCAUAGAAAGUCGACUUACUCAGCUUGAGGAUGUUGAACUCAUAAAAAAUGUUGGACCAACCUUGAAUCGAGCAUCAUACAAGUUAGACUUCAGGUUGUGUAACAUUACAAACUUCAUGCAAGAAACAGAAAAUUUUUCUCACAUCAACCCACCACAGUCUGAUCAAGUUUCUCUUACUCCUAUGGUUGUAAAGCUCGAUGUUUCAUUGAAUAAAAUUACAGACUUAGAAAAUUUGGAUUUUGAUUCAUUUCCUCACUUGAGACACUUGGAUGCAUCACUAAAUUUACUAAGUACUGCUUCAGGAAUAUCAGCAUGUCCUAAACUACUUGUGCUGUGUUUAGCUUAUAACAAAAUCAAAAGUUUACCAGCUGAUUUAUUCACAAAUACAAAAUUUCUUCAAUAUUUAGAUUUAAAGUCAAACUACCUCAAAAAUUUGCCAAAAUUUCCUGUUUUACCAUUUUUAAAGUUCCUUGAUCUUGGAUACAAUGCUUUAAAAAAUCUGGAUGGUUUGCAAAACUUACAAUCAUUGGUGGAAUUAAAUGUAAAAUAUAACAAACUUAACAGUGUGGUUGAUCUGGCAGUUUGUACAGAACUAAAGGUAAUCAAUCUUAGUCACAAUAAUCUUGAAGAUGUCAAGUUACUUUGUGGACCAUUAAGUCAUCUUCCUAAACUUGAUCAACUGGAUAUUAAAGGAAAUCCAGUUUUAUUAACAAACUCCACUGUGGAUUUAGAAAUUUAUUUGGUACAAAAUACAACACUUACAAUUUUAAAUGGAGAACAUGUUGGGCCUCUAAAAGAACAGAUGUUAAACAUGUUCAAAAAAGUACCUUCUACAUCUGAUAACCAACCCAAAAACUCUUUAAAGACCUCGUUUAAAGUGGCCAUACUUGAACAUCUAAGCAACCAACAAAGCACAUUUGAAUUAAAUAUACAAUACCUUCAACACAAAUUACAAUCUUUGGUUGUUGAACAAAAAGCGCAACAAGCUAACGGAAUUGCAGAAAUGGAAACAUGGUUAAGGUACAUUGACACCCUUUCCGAUAGUGAGGCAAAACAAUUUACUACUACAAAGCUUCAGGAAUUAUUGAGUUCAUCACAUAACUCUUAAUAAAGCACCGAUGGAUCAACAAUUAUUUUGACUAAAGUUUUUUAAUAGUUGCAAUAUCUACUAAAUGUGUUUUAUUGAAAAUGUCUAUAUAAUGAAACAUGGU